AUGCGCUGCUCAGUCAAUGAUGGUUCAACCUCAACCUUCUGGUUUGAUACUUGGACACUCUUGGGGCCUCUGAUUUCAGUUCUUGGUGAAAGCGGUCCCCACAUGCUCAGAAUCAGGAAAUCAGCUCUGGUUUGCGAGGCUUCCAGCAAUGGCUCAUGGCGUUUACCACCAGCAAGGUCACCGGAGGCUGAAACUGUUCAGAUUGUUUUGACCACAGUCCAUGUUCCUUCAACAUCUCGAGGUGAGGAUCAAUUUCUUUGGCGCAAAGCUGAUGGUAGUUUUGGACCUAAAUUCUCUUCCAGGGAGAAUAUACCACAUACUGCUUUUGUCUCCUGGCUUGUUCUGUUGCGGAGACUGCCGACUCGGGAUCGACUGAGAAGAUGGGGAUUAAAUGUUCCUGCUGACUGUGUCUUAUGCUCCUCCGGUAUAGGGACACAUCACCAUCUUUUCUUUGAAUGCGACUUUUCUUACAACAUCUGGAAGCAUUUCUCACAGCAAAUCCUUGCAGCUACACCUUUGGAUCUUCACUAUGUGGCUGCUCUUAUCACUCAUUGUCGGCUUUCCUCACUCUCAGCACCAGUGAUCAAGUUUAUGUUCCAGACAGCCAUCUAUCUGAUCUGGCGGGAAAGAAAUGCCAGGAUUUUCACCUCCACGUCUACUUCAGCUGCUGGGCUUCGUCAUGCUCUAGACCGUCUGCUCCGAGACCGCCUCAUCUUCUUUCCAUCACCGGACUACUCGCCUUCGCUUCUCAUGUACUAUUUUUCUUGUACCCAACCCCCUUGA